AUGAACUUCCUCACGUCGAGCUCAAAUCUUUUUGGCUCAAAUGGAGAGCUGACAAGAGCACAGAAAGUACAUCGAGAAAACGAGCGCUCAAACCUGGCGACGAUCACGCGUUUGGUAAUCCGUUCGGUGUUGGAUCACUCGACGAAAGCUCUCAAUCGAAUUAUCGAGGGCGACAGCAGUCAACUCUCCGACUUUUUGAUUCUUUUGGAGAAGGUGCUCUUUCACGGAUUGAAAACAUCAGAUCAACGCUCACUUCUCUCAUUCCGAAGCCCGGACGCUGAUUUGUGGUUGGCGAUUGGGCGAUGCGUAAAAUUCGAGCAAUCACGCGCGAGAGUCGAUCCUGAAGAUCCGUCUUGUAGAGGAUAUGUUUGUGUCGAACAAUUGGAGUAUUUGAAGACCUCCAUCUCAAAGAUCCGAGCUCUUUUGCGGUUAUCGUUGAUGCAGAAACGGCUGGCCGAUCUCUUCCAAAUGAUCGUCAAUUCGAGCGUUUUGAGUGAGUGCUGGAACUCGUGGGCGAUUCUCCGAUCGUCCGAAGCCGAGCCGAUCAUCGGUUCACUCAUCGGACUCUCCGUGCUCAAUUGCAAUUUGCAUAUCGAUUUCGAGCAUUUACAGGAACAACCACUCGCCGUCGAUUUGUCUCAAUACAUCAAAAUCCCCACUGUGCCCACGGAGGGACACGAAGAGAAAUUUGAGAUUGACGAAGUGACGAAGAGAGAAAUGAAAACCCUUCUCGAUCAGAAUCAUUAUUUAGAAGAAAGGAAUCGAAUGCUAGAGGACAAAAUCCUCGGAAUGCGAGCGAAAAUCGAGAAUGAUUCGGUCUCGAGUCUCGAUAUGGAAUCUGUUUCAUUCCGGCGACUUUCCGCUGAAUCAGCUGAAAGAGAAGUGCAAUUGUGGAAAGAUCGAGAAAAAUUGUGGGAUGAAGAAAAGAAUCGGUUGAUGGGAACGGUGAGUGUAUUUGGA